AUGGACCCAGGCGCCAAUGAUGGAGAUUUAGGCAUGGGUAUCUGGGUUUUGGGCCUAGCCUCCGUGGACUUGGGUUGGGACAAUGUGGAGUCAGAUAAAGGAGGGAGGCGCACUACCGGGGGUGAGGAAGAGGCCGUGGGGGCGGUACGCGGCGGAGAUCAGGGACCCGAAGAAGAAGAGCCGGGUGUGGCUCGGCACCUUCGACACCGCCGAGGAGGCCGCCCGCGCCUACGACUCCGCCGCCCGCGACUUCCGCGGCUCCAAGGCCAAGACCAACUUCCCCUCCCCUCGGAGCGCCCCGUCCUCCUCCUCGCCGGAGCCGCCGGAGGAGGAGCCGGAGCCAGAGCCGGCGGCGGUGGCAAGGGCUGCAACAGCCGCAGCCCCAGCCAGAGCAGCACGGUCGAGUCCUCCGGCCACGACCCGGCGGCGGCGGCGGCUGCGGCGCCGAUGGUGGACUUCUCCGCGCAGCUGGAUCUCAACCUCGCCUACCACCACGGCGGCGGCGGCGGCGGCGCAGGCGCGGGAGCGGGAGCAGGCGGCGCUGUCGGGUUCCGGUUCCCGCACCAGGUCGCGGCGGCCGGGCCGUACGGGCCCUUCUACAUGGAGGCGAUGGCGGCGCGGGCGGGGGCGAUGAACAACCAGCUCUACCAGCGGAUCAUCUUCGACCGGCGGGCGGCGGACGGAUCCCGGAGCGACUCCGACUCGUGCUCCGUCGUCGUGGACGCGAGCGACCGCGGCCAGAAGCCCGCCGCCAGGGUGCUGGAUCUCGACCUCAACGAGCCGCCGCCGCCGGAGUCCGCCUGACGACGAUGAUGAUGAUGAUGGGCGGCGGGGGGGCGGCGGCGGCGGGGGGGCGGCGGGUCCUCGAGGGAUAGAAUCUAGGCCUCGAUCGUUUCGCUUUUUGUCGAUUUUAAUUUUAGAAGAAAUUAGACAAGAAGGCAAAAAACCAAAAAAUAUAGAGAGAAGGAAAUUAGGCGAAAGAUUAGAUCGGAAAAAAGGUUCGAUUGAUCUGUUGUUUGGUGUCGUUGAUCUCGGAUCGAUCUUGAUGUGAAUAGAGGAAGAUCAUAUCAACAUAUGCUUUUUUUGCGACGGUGGAUCAUCUCAUCGUCGUUCUGUAACUCUAAUUGCAAUAACAAUUUUCAUUGCAACUUCCU